GCUCAGUAAGAAACACAUAUUACAUAAAAUAAAAUAUAGCAAGCGUUUCCUAUUCACUCUGUAAAUAUCUAACAUGUUUAAUGCCAGUCACAACUUAGCAUCGUACAGCAAAACACCUUUACGAAAAAACAUGGGACCUAUAUAUAGUAUUCUUAAAAAGAAGGAGGAGGCGAAAAAUGAUGAGCCGGUAGUCGCUACCGUACCAAAGUCCCCGUCGGGGAUCAAGAAAACAUCGUUCAAGCCAAGACUUAGGCGUAAUUUAACGCAGCGAAAGGGACUUCUGUCCAUGCCACUCCUGCGCGAGGAGAACUCGUUGGUAAGGGUGGUCUCGCCGAGACCACAACAACCGGCCAGAAGAACCAGAAGGAGGGCCGGAACCGUUUCUCCAUCCAUUCCCAUGGAAGAGGACGAAGUGGUCUCUCCGAGAAAGGGAACUAGAAGGAAGUCCGGAACAGAUUCCCCAUCCAUUCCCACGGAAGAGGAUGAAGUGGUCUCGCCGAGAAAGGGCAGAAAGAGGGCUCCGGUGAAAAAUGCAGCUCAAGAACCGUCCAGAAGAACAAGAACGAAGGCCGGAACCGAUUCCCCAACCAUUCCCACGGAAGAGGACGAAGUGGUCUCUCCGAGAAAGGGAACUAAAAGGAAGUCCGGAACAGAUUCCCCAUCCAUUCCCACGGAAGAGGACGAAGUGGUCUCGCCGAAAAAGGGCAGAAAGAGGGCUCCGGUGAAAAAUGCAGCUCAAGAACCGUCCAGAAGAACAAGAACGAAGGCCGGAACCGAUUCCCCAACCAUUCCCACGGAAGAGGACGAAGUGGUCUCUCCGAGAAAGGGAACUAAAAGGAAGUCCGGAACAGAUUCCCCAUCCAUUCCCACGGAAGAGGACGAAGUGGUCUCGCCGAAAAAGGGCAGAAAGAGGGCUCCGGUGAAAAAUGCAGCUCAAGAACCGUCCAGAAGAACAAGAACGAAGGCCGGAACAGUUUCCCCAUCCAUUCCCACGGAAGAGGACUCUGCACCUUUGCAGGAGGAAUGCAGCGAAGUGGUCUCGCCAAAGAAACCUAGAAGGAAGUCUCAUCCAAGGGAUGCUCAAUUCCGGCAACUGUUUAACAGAGAUUUUGGCGAGUUCCAAAAGAUUCUGUCCAGGAUGGGACUAGAGGUGGUACCAAAGGCCAGAGCUAAUCCACGACCCAAAUCUGGAGGCAAACCAGUACCCAAGGCGGUACCCAAGGCCAGAGCCAAUGGAGCGUCAAAGGGAUCAGCCAAAGGAGCUGCGGGGGCAGGAGCAAAGGAAGAACCGAAGGUCAAGACGGGAACCCGGGCGACGAUCAGGAAAAGAAAGCAUAAGUGAAGGUCAAACCUAUCGGCACUCGUUCAUCAAGCCCCUCGAAAAUUAUCAGUAUUUAUAAUGAAGCAAUCGCCCAACGGAAGCAUCCUUAAACCUCAAUUCUUAUCGUCCUAUGACACAAUCAAUUAUAUAUUUUAUGUGCUCGAUGCUCAUUAACACUAAUUGGAAUUCAAAACACCAGCUACCGGACCAGGCAAAACGCGCUCGACCUCUGAACCCGGGAAAUCGGAAUUGGAAUCACGUACGACCUGGACAAGUGUAAAACGUGAUGGACUGGAUCGGCGGUGGGCUACUGCUGCCGAUAUCGUAAGCGUGAAAUCUGUCAGAUCCGGGAGCCUCAGAGAUCCAAAUCUAUUGUCAUCACAUUAAUUUGACUUUUUAUGGGUGUUCCUUGUUAUUUUUUUCUCCUUUUUUGGCCAUGUCGCCUGGAUCGAAAAGCGGAAACUGUCACUUUGGCUUGUGAGAGGAGAGAUUGGCCGAGAUUUCUGGAAUGAAAGCGAAGUGAAACCGCUGACGAUGCAGUUAAAUUUAAAGUUGAAUCCGUAAGAUGCUUUUUGCCGUUCGCACGAUCAUACCUAAUAACGGUAAUUUACACACACGCUACUUGCGAUAAUUGCGACGCCAAAUGUGCUGACAGGCACACAGGAUACGACUUCCCGAUCCUCCGAUCCUCCGAUCCGCUGCCCCCAAAGGCCAAAAGCCGAGGAACCAUGACCAAAGCCAAGCCGAGUCCGUAGUCAAAGUCGAACCGCGCAUCCCGAUGAACUGAGUGAGAUAACAGCCAAGCUAAAUCAGCAGCAAAGCGGCAAAAGCUUCGGUUAUUAAACACGGCAGUCGGAAUCGGACCUUCUCAGAUCCAGAAGAUGUACACUGGAAGGAAUCUAGUGCUACAACCUCGAACCCACAAAAACGAGAUCACAUCCUUGUGUACAGCACUAUUGGCCAGGCAAUCGCUACACAUAAUGUUCUUAAACGAAAUUAGAAAUGUAUUCUUAAGUUGAAGUCUUUAUUUAUGUAUCAACAGAGCCUGCAGGAGACGCGAAUUCUUGAGCAUUCCAAAAUUCAAUAGUGAUGAUCCAUUGGGAUUUUUGCGAUCCUAUGUCAGCACUGUUGGCCAGGCAAUCGCUACACAUAAUGUUCUUAAAUAAAAUUAAAAAUGUAUUAAGUUGAAGUCCUUAUGU